CAUGCGCCUGCCGUGGCGGGAGGAGGGGGUGGGGGGUGCGCGCGGCCGUUAGCCGACCGCCCUCGCGCUGAGGUAACGGCCGCCCGUAACGGCAGAGCGAGGAGCCAGACGGGCGGGGAGCCGCCUGCCUGCCCCCACCGCGCCGGCUGCCGGGCCCCUCUCUCCCCGCUGGCGCAGCCCGUCGGCGGUGCGGGCCCCCCCCGGAGCCGCGCUGCCCCGCGGCCGGCCGCCCCCGCGCCGCCCCGGGGCGCUAUGAGCCAUGAAGCCGCCCGGCAGCAGCUCCCUGCGGCAGCCUGGCUGCGGCCGCCGCCUCCCCGCCGCCGCCUGCCGCCCCCCGCUCCUGCCGUUCCUCGGCCGCCUCGUCUCGCUGCUGCUGCUCCUCCAUGGCUCCUCCUGCCCCAGGGCCGGCGUGGCUGCGGCGGCCGCCGACCUGCAUUGGAAUGAAACAGCAGGCAGUAUGGAGGGAGUACUGGCAGAUGAAGAGCAUACGUUUCAACAGAAUAAAAGCAGUAAUAAUAAAAAUAACAGCCACAGCAACACAAUCCAAAAAGAAAUCAUACUGCCUUCAAGACUGAUCUAUUAUAUCAACAGAGACUCUGAAACCCCUUACCAUAUCCUGGAUACUAGAGCAAGGCACCAGCAGAAACACAACAAGGCUGUCCAUCUGGCCCAGGCAAGUUUCCAGAUUGAGGCCUUUGGCUCCAAGUUCAUCCUUGACCUCACAUUGAAUAAUGAUUUGUUAUCUUCCAAUUAUGUGGAGAUUCACUAUGAAGAUGGAAAGCGGAAGUUUUCUAAGGGUGGAGAGCAUUGUUACUAUCAUGGAAAUAUCAGAGGCAUCAAGGAUUCUAAAGCUGCUCUUUCAACUUGUAAUGGGCUGCAUGGCAUGUUCGAAGAUAGUACUUACUUGUACUUGAUAGAACCAAUGAAUUUGACCCACAGUGCAGAAAGUAAAAGUAGGCCGCACAUCAUCCAGAGAACUUACGGAACUCAAGCCUCUAAGCAGCUGCAAGAUCUUGAAACUGAAUCCAGUUCUGAAUGGCCCUUUCUAUCUGAAUUACAGUGGCUUAGGAGAAAGAGAAGAAAGAGAGCAGCGUCUCGUGGUAUCUUUGAAGAGAUGAAAUAUCUGGAGCUCAUGAUAGUCAAUGACCAUAAAAUGUUCAAAAAACAUCGUUCUUCAAAUGCAUACACAAACAAUUUUGCCAAGUCUGUGGUAAACCUUGUGGAUGCUAUAUACAAGGAACAGCUGAACACCAGGGUGGUUCUCGUUGCUGUGGAAACCUGGACAGAGAGAGAUCGUAUUAAUAUUCACCCUGACCCUCUGCAGAUGCUUCAUGAUUUCUCCAAAUAUCGACAGCACUACAUCAAACAGCAUGCUGAUGCUGUCCACCUGCUCUCGAAUGUGACAUUUCAUUACAAAAGGAGCAGCUUAAGUUACUUUGGAGGGGUUUGUUCUGUGACCAGAGGAGUAGGAGUGAAUGAGUAUGGCCUCCCUUUGGCCAUGGCACAGGAAUUAGCACAAAGUCUUGCUCAGAACCUUGGAAUACAGUGGGAGCCAGCAGCCAGGAAACCGAAGUGUGACUGCACUGAAUCCUGGGGCGGUUGCAUCAUGGAGGAAACAGGGGUAUACCAUUCCAGGAAAUUCUCCAAGUGCAGCAUUGCAGAAUACAAAGAAUUUUUGCUUCGUGGGGGAGGUGCCUGUCUUUUCAACAGGCCAACAAAGCUGUUUGAAACUACUGAGUGUGGAAAUGGGUAUGUAGAAGCAGGAGAAGAAUGUGACUGCGGUUUCCGAAUGGAAUGCUAUGCAGACUGUUGUAAGAAGUGCUCCCUUUCUAAUGGAGCUCACUGUAGUGAUGGACCCUGCUGUAAUACAUCGUGUCUUUUUUUCCCACGAGGCUAUGACUGUCGAUAUGCAGUGAAUGAAUGUGACAUUGCAGAGUUCUGCCCUGGAGAUUCUGGCCAGUGUCCACCAAAUCUUCAUAAACAAGAUGGAUAUGCCUGUGAUUCUAAUCAGGGCCGUUGCUAUAAUGGAGAAUGCAAGACAAGAGAUAAUCAGUGCAAAUAUAUCUGGGGAUCUAAGUCUUCAGGAUCUGACAAAUUUUGUUAUGAGAAGCUUAAUACAGAAGGCACAAAAAAAGGAAACUGUGGGAAGGAUGGAGACCGAUGGAUUCAGUGUAGCAAACAUGACGUUUUCUGUGGCUUUUUGCUCUGUACUAAUCUUACUAAAGUUCCACGAGUUGGUCAAGUUCAAGGAGAAAUUAUCCCAAAUUCUUUUUAUCACCAAGGGCGCAUAGUAGACUGCAGUGGUGCUCAUGUUCUUUUAGAUGAUGAUACAGAUUUAGGUUAUGUGGAAGAUGGAGCUCCGUGUGGUCCCCACAUGAUGUGUCUGGACAAAAAGUGCCUGCCAAUCCAGUCCUUGAACAUAAGCAGCUGUCCCAUUGGUUCUAAUGGAAAAGUCUGUUCCGGUCAUGGGGUGUGUAGUAAUGAAGCCACUUGCAUUUGUAAUUUCUCCUGGGCUGGGACAGACUGCAGCAUUGAUGAUCCUAUCAGGGAUACUGGUAACAAGAAGGAUGAAGGACCCAAGGGUCCUAGUGCCACCAAUCUUAUAAUAGGCUCCAUCGCUGGUGCCAUCCUGGUAGCAGCUAUUGUCCUUGGGGGGACAGGAUGGGGCUUUAAAAAUGUCAAAAAACGAAGGUUCGAUCCAAAUCAACAAGGCCCUAUCUGAAGAAACUUGAUUCAGAAAGCUGCUCCUUGCACUACUGGAUUUUGGGUAUGAUGCCUUUGCUGUAGUUGUGCAAGAAAUAAAUCAGUAAGGAAGAACAUAAGAAACCAAUAACAAUAGACACAAUGCUGGGGUGUUGGGAAUUGGGGUGAUAGAAAACUGUCCUUUUUGGACAUAAGUAUGAAAUACUUCCUCCAGUCACCUUUCUCUUGUUAAUGUUAACAGACAAGUGUUACAAGCAAACUGUUUCAAAAUCAGUUUUUUUCUUUUCUCCAACAAAGGAGGAGAAACAGACCAAGUGCAAUAAGAGAACUGUUUCAAAACAGAGAAAUAGCAGAAGAUUUUUUUUUCCAACCUGCUGGUACUCUAACUUCACUUGAGUUCGCAUGACUUCCUUUUUCUUAUCAAAACUCCAGUGGCAUGAGGAGCUAAUUUUCGAAAGGGUAAUCUGCAUGGCUCACAUACAAACAACCAAGCUAGCAAGCUGACCCCAAGCAGCAUCUGCAGCCUGAUAAGUACAAACCACUGGGAAGCCGAUAGUAGCUCUGAUAAAUCUUCCAGCCCUGCAGCACGUUCUGUCUCUGGACUUCAGAGCUCCCUGUUCUGUGAGCUUAUUGUCCACCUUGUUUCGUCUCGUGGGCUAGGAGUCUGUUGGGUAUGGAAGCUAUGGAGUGAUGGAUGUAUAGUUCUUCCAGGAAGGAAAAGGUGUAAAUAUGGAAAUAAGAUUUUGACAUAUCAUUUUCACAGAUUAUAUAUAGAGAGAAGGAUUUCCUUAAAAAAGGUUCUAUUCUUUAUGUAAAUCUAUUUUUGAUGUUGGGUUUCUUCUUUUUUGCUCCCUCUUUUCCUCUAGCACGUUGUACAGUGUGGGUGUUCUGGGCUUGCUCAAAAAAGGCAGAUAAUAGCAUGCAGAUGCAGGGAGAUCUCACACCAAACAGAUGUGAUCUAAAGUUUGUAUGCUCGAAACCAAAAACAAUUAAAAUGUGUGUAAAUGCAUAUCUAUGUAUUGACUAUAAGCCUCCUGGAUUACUUUUUUGGCUGUCAUGAAGAUUUUCUGUAUAUAAUGUAAGAAAGUGACACCCUCUCUAAUUAAUCACAGAAGUGUCAACCUCUUUUUUUUUCUUCCAAACUUUAGCUAUUUUUUUUUCUAUCUAGUUCCUGUGAAUUAAAGUUAAAUAAGCCUUAAAAUACUCACACAAUGUUAAAAACUUAGAAUGAGCUAUUCUUCUCUUCCCUCCGCUGAACCAAACUGGCUUGCAAAGAUGACUGACGUUUUAAAUCACUCCCUGUAUCUCUUUGAUGCAUAUCACUUUUCAAAGUUUAACACAAAAUUAGUAUUUUGACCCUUGCUACUGAUAGUUACUGUCACUAAACAUGCAAAAACUCCACAUAAUUUUAGAGAGUUUGUGUGUGGUAAUUACUUUUAGAUGUACCUUGUGUUUGAACACAGAUUUUUGCAGUGAAGUGCUGGGCAGCUGUACUGUGCUUCUAGUAACCAAGCAGCCCAGGCGUAUCUGACUCAAGGAGGUUACAAAGACAUCCAGUUUAGGCCUCCCUUAAAGCAUAAAGCCAUAAGGUCUGGCCAAUCUUGUACUGACUUUACACUCAUGUAGGUCAGUUUAUGUAAGUGAAAUUACCUGAAAAUUCUACUGCUGCAACUGAUAAUCAGGAUGAAAGCCUCUUCUGUAAUUGUGUUUUUAAUUUAGAAGUUGGAGAGUGGUAACAAUGGAAGUCCAGUUACAAGAUUUAUUCCAUCUUUGUUCAGUGGAAGUCAGUUGUUUGAGUUAGCUUUCAUAGAACAUUAGGAAGAAUGCUGCAGAUUUCCCUGUGACUUACAAGAUCUUUUUGGCUUUAAUUAUAUUUCAUAUUAUGAUAAUGUUGAAUCUGACAGUUUCAGAAGAGAACUGCAAUAUAUUGUUUUGGCUGACAGUUAUGAAGUGUUUUUAAACAGCUUUAACAUAAUCACAUUAACACUUACUACAUGAGUUAAAGGUGCUGCACACAGGUAGUCAACGUUGAUAUAUAUUAUAAAUCAUAUUCUGAAAAAUUCCUGCCUGACUUCAGGGGGGAUUAAGUUAGUGACAACAAAUACUUCUACCGGGAACCAAAAAUACUUGCAACUGUUAAACUACUUGGCUUGGAAACACAAUCCCCAGCUUUAACAAAGUUCUGCUCCCAAAGUAAAUGUGGCCACAAUAGAAACACUAGUGGUUACCAAAAACCCCCAACCAACUGAAGAUGCAUGAACUACCUGUGUAAUAAACCUUUGAGAAGCAUUUCACAAACAACAUUGUAAAUGUGCGAUGUGAUGUUUUAAAUCAGACCACAGUGGUCCCCAACUACUAUGUACAUAUGUUAAGUGCUGGAGUAACUUUUUAUUUACACCAGCAAUUUCAUAGGAAUUAUGACUUCUUGAUUGAAUUUAUGCUCCACUCAUCAGCUGUUGUGUGCAUGUGUAAGAACACAUUCUCUUUCUGCUCUGUAUGUACAGAAUGCAAGUGACAACACAGCUCAGAGUGGGUACAGAUUAAGUGCUUUCUAUUAGACAAUAAAAUGUUUUAGAUAUUUAUUUUCUACAUCAUGCCUUUGAUAUGCUUUGGAGAGUACAUACGCAUUUAAUGUUAAUUUGUUCAUCACAAAGUGUCAUCAACAGAAUACAUCGUCAGCAAUGUCUCCAUUUCACCCACGAUACAUUUGCUUUGUUUAUUGGUUCAUCUGGACAUAAAACCAUAUGGUAACUGUAUAGCUCAUACCAGUUUGCUGCAUGAUCCCACUGAACUGACCUGAUCCUCCUAAAGGAGAAAUCUAGUAGGCAAACUAGCAAAAGAUACAUAGGUGCAUGUUAAAAAGAAACAAAGUGCUUAAGACUGGAGUUAAACAAAUUUUUCUUUACUAUGCAAAGAUGGGUAUUGCACAAACAAAUUUAAGACAACUGUCUGAAGAAAUGCCAUGGAAUACUGAAAUUAUGUUUUAAGCCUAAUCAGUCAUGUUUUAUAUUCAUUAUUGCUUCCACUGUUAUUCUUUCUUUUUAAAAAUGAUUUGUAAUUUUUUUUAAAGUGCACAACUUGAUGUUAUAAAUCAGUUUUUGUUUGAAGUUAAUACUCAUUCAUGUCUUGUUGCCUGCUAAUGAAUGGAAAUUUAAUAGUCCUUGUUCUACAUCCUAGCAAAAUGAGUAUUAAAAACUUCAUGAACAUGGAA